AGCUAGCCUGCUGCUGUCAUGUUUUUAACUCCACUUUUUUGGAACCCAAAAGGUUUUUUUAACCUCUCUGCAGUCUCUAUCUCUGGAUCAUGGAUCAGUAUACACACACCACUUGCCCCAGUAUAAUCAGUCCCACUCUCCGCAAAUUAAAUUUGGCGUGUACGUAGUGUUCCUAGAGCCAGUACUGGUCUACUCUGUUAGUGAUCUGUACAGCCAGUAGCUAGUACUAGUAGCAACGACUAACAACAUGGACUACUUCUUCGAUUCGAUCUCCUCCUCUCCUUCUAGGUAGCUGAAGGCUUCCUUCCUUGCUUGUGCUUAUAAAGGCGUACGUCCGGCAGAGGCAAGACAAGGGAAUUAAGGCGCGCGAUACCAUGACUCGAUCAAGGGCGGCGCCGGCACCGGGGACGACGACGACCAUGGCAGCUGCCGGAGCUGGAGGAUCAUCACCAGAAGGGCAGCAGCAGCACGGGGAUCUGCAGGCAGGCGAGGAUCAUCAAGACCAGCCGCAGCAGGAGACGGUGAUGCCGGGGUUCCGGUUCCAUCCUACGGAGGAGGAGCUGAUCGAGUUCUACCUCCGGCGCAAGGUCGACGGCAAGCGCUUCAACAUCGACCUCAUCUCCUUCCUCGACCUCUACCGCUACGACCCCUGGGAUCUCCCCGGUCUGGCGUCGAUUGGGGACAAGGAGUGGUUCUUCUACGUGCCGAGGGACCGCAAGUACCGGAACGGCGACCGGCCGAACCGGGUGACGCCGUCGGGGUACUGGAAGGCGACGGGGGCGGACAGGAUGGUGAGGGUGGUGGCCGGAGAAGCAGGGGUCAGCCGCUCCAUCGGGCUCAAGAAGACGCUCGUGUUCUACGUGGGGAAGGCGCCCAAGGGCCUCCGCAGCAGCUGGAUCAUGAACGAGUACCGCCUCCCACACGCCGAUGCACAACGAUACCAAAAGGAAAUUUCCCUCUGCCGAGUGUAUAAGCGGCCAGGGAUCGAAGACAACUUCCAUCUCACCGGCACCACAACAAGAUCGUCCGCCGGCUCAAAGGCAGCAGGAACGAAGCACCACACGGCCGGGGCAGCACACCGGACGACGGCGACAGCAAAUCGCCAACAACAUGCGCCAAUGUUCGUCAGCGGCCACCACCCUUCUCCAUCCUCCCUCAAGCCAUACAACCAAGCUUCAGCAGCAGGGGUGCCGGCGAUGUUCCGGUCAACAGCCUCCGUCGCCUCGCUGAGUUCCACCACGUCGACGGAGGAGGACGGCACAUCGCUCUACCACCUCAAGGGACCCAACAGUAACCCAGCUGCAGCAGCAAUGCAGCCUUCAAUGCAGGCCUCCUUGCUCAACAUGAGCUCCUCGGCAGCGGCGAUGGCGGCGAUCCCGAUCGACGAGCUGAGUCGGGCGAUCGGGUCUUACAGCACCCAAGCAGGUGCAAACCCUAAUAAUAACCAGCAGCAUCCUACGCCGCCAUCGCAGAUUAGCCCAUUGCUCAACUUCCCGAGCUUGGAGAAGAUCUGGGAUUGGAACCCCCUCCUGGAAUCUCCCAAAGUUUGCACAAGCUUCAAGUAAUUGAUGAUCACUUCUCAUUAGUUGCAAUGCAUGCACUGAUCGGUGCACACUUAUCAUACGUAUGAGUCCUUAAUGAUAUGUAUAAGUAUAUGUAGACACUUAUCCGGCGCGCGAGGACAAGGCUAGUAUAUAUGUAAUGGUGAAUAGGUAAUUGUUUAAGGUGGUUCUAAGUCCAUGCAAUUAAUUAACUGUGUAUGUCAAUUCAAACUGGUGUAACAUUGUCUAUCGUUCCAAUUUGAUCUGGAAUAAAUAUUAAUCAAAAUUAUAGGUAUGUGUUCCAA